UUGACAAGCACACUAUUUAUCUCGGUCUCUUACAGAUUUUGUGACUAUUUCUAAUUUAAUACUUGUGUUUGUUUUGUUAAGUGGUGCAAAAUUGGCAGACCAAAAUGUUGAAGCGCCUACGCAAUCAACUUAGGAAGGCGGCUCUCAGCUUCGUGGCCAGCCGAGGACGCGAAAACCUAUUUUACCCUGCGUCCUGGUUAAAGGAAGGCCGGGAGGAGGCCAUCCAGCUCCAAGCGGAACUUCAUCGGCAGACGCGAGACCGUCUGGCGGAACGGAAUCGUGAGCCAUGGUUCGAGGUCUAUAAGCGGCACAGUGGCCGGCAGCUGAUCAGCAGCAAUCGGCGGAGAUCGCCACGCGAACGAGUGCAGCCGCUGCAGAAGAACACAGCAUCAGUUCCCUCUUCUAGCCCUCCCAUCUCACCGGCGCCCGUUGCCUCGCCCAUCGAACAGUGGCGCCAGCAGCAACAUCUUUAUCAGCAGCGCCAGCAAAAGCAGGAGCUGCCCAAGGUUAGCCAACAUCAAACGCAAAAACCAACAGCGCCGGCCACCGAAAAGCGCACUGCCAAUCAGACCUUGGUCAUGCACCCGCUGCAGAGGGCAAGGGUCAUCUCGGCGCUGACCAAAAGGGAACAGCAUCGCUACCGACAGCGCAGGCUGCUCUUGGACGAGCUUGACGUCUAGUGGUUCUACUCAGCCCAAAACUACCUGCUAGGCACCACCCACUAAAAGACACUCCAAAUUAUUAGAGGGAUGUGAAAACCAAAUUCAUCGAGUGACUAGCAAAGAAUCACAGCAAUUGCAAGAUUAUCUUUGGGAAAUGACGUUAGGGGAUCAUUCCCCUCCCUACGGAUUUCAAGACUAUAUGUUCCAUCAGAGGUUGGCCAACUAGAGCAAAUUUCUUGGCUUUAAGAUGCUUACUGACUGUUAACUUACUGACUGACUUCAUUCGGAAUAUGUCUUUAUGUCAACUGAAUGUAAAACGAGUCACGCACAAAAAUAUAUAUAGAAAUCGAUAGCUCGUAAAAAUCAGCAUUGGA